CUUCCCUUCUUCAAUAAUUUCAAACGUUAGUCACACCCAUCUCUGACAAGAGGAAACCACACCGUUUUCGACUGAAUCACUUGAGGAGGAAGUGAAACCAAACUUGUGACAGCCCGCCUUUCUCCACUCAGACAUGGCAGAGCCUCGCAUCCCUGGGAGGAUGAACCGCCUCUGCUGUCGAAUAUGCGACGAGGUUCUCAGAAACCCCACGACUAUUACUUGCGGACAUAACUUUUGCAUGCAGUGCAUCCAGGACCGCUUUGCUGAUGACGAGAGGACGAACCGUCUCUGCAGCUGUCCUGAAUGUGGUCACAGGUUUCCCUCCAGACCACAGCUGAUCAGGAACACAUUUCUAGCUGACUUGGUGAGGCGUGAGGCUGCCAGUGAGAAGAGGAAGCAUUCAGAAGAGUCAAAGCAGGCCCCGAAGAGAGCCCGAAGCUGGACUAAAACAGGAACAUCAUCAGGAAGCACUUUGUGUGUGAGGCACAGCAGCCCCCUGGAUAUUUACUGCUGCACCGACCAGCAGAUCAUAUGCGCAGUGUGUGCUCAAGCUGAGCACAGGGGACACACCUUUGGGUCGGUGAGGGAGGAAAGGAGGAGGAAACAGGAGGAGCUGAAGAACAUACAAACAAAAUCCAAGCAGAUUCUCCAGAAGCAAGAAGAGAAAUGGGAGAACAUGGGGAAGAUUCAGAUUCAGGAGGAGGCCAGAGAAACACAGGACUAUUGUGAGAGCGUCUUGGCCGGUGUCAUUGACUCCCUCCAGAGACAUUACAUGUCAGUGAGGGAGCUGAUCAGAGGUCGCGAGGAGGAGGCAGCAGCUCAGGUUGAGAUCUCCCUACAGACCCUGCAGGGGAAGAUGGAGGAAAUGAGGAAGAGGGAAGCUGAGCUGAAUCGUCUGGCACAAACCGACAACGAUGUCCAAUUUUUGCAGAAGUGGCCCUCCCUGCGGCACCUCUGUGAAAAACAACAUCUCCAUCUUGUCCAAGAGGUCUCAGAGGAGCCACUCCUCCCCUUUGCGUUUAUAAAGAAAGCUGUCGAACAGCUUGGGAAACAACUGGAGGAAUUUUGCGACAAAGAAUUUGCCUCAAUCUCUCAACUGGUAUCCGACAUUGGAGAGCAGCAGGAAUCAGAAGAAGAGACAGAGGAGGACGACAUACAGCAAAUACGGGAAGCCAGUACCGCGCAGUCCCAUGGUCUCUCUGGCGUCAACACUCUGACUGAACAGAACAUGGAGCCUAAAACCAGAGCAGAGUUCCUGGAGUAUGCAUGUGGCCUCAGCCUGGACCCCACCACAGCUCACGAGGACCUGUUUAUUGAUGAUGACAACAAAGAGGUGAGGCUGAGCCCUCUCAAAUUUAAGGGCAAAGCUAUUCGUCACCCGGAUAGGUUCAUCCAUCGACGGCAGGUGCUGUGCAGAGAGGGGCUGCAGGCGGAGCGCUGCUACUAUGAGAUAGAGGUGGAAGGAGAUAAGGCUGAGAUCGCCCUCGCCUACAAAGGAAUAGACAGGAAAUCUCGCACUGCACUGUCAGCUUUUGGGGGCAAUGCAAAUUCCUGGAGUCUUGAUCGCUCCACAAACUACUCUGUGAGCCACAGAGCUGACAGCAUUCAACUGACAACAUACCCAAGUCAGCGCAGGCUUGGCGUUUAUCUGAAGUUUAAGGACGGAACUCUGUCAUUCUACGAGGUGUCAGACAGUAUGAUGUUUCUUUACAAAGUUAAAGCUAAAUUCACAGAGCCUCUGUAUCCAGGCUUCUGGCUUGGAGAGAAAUGUCGCAUCAGGAUUUGUGAUUUGAAAGAGGACAGACUGUGAACUACCUGUGGGGUUCAUAGACAGGGCCACAACUGAAUCUCCUCAUUUGCAGUCUUUUGAUUGUUUGGGGGGUUUCCCAAUAUAAAGGAGCCCCAAAAUAAGCUGCAUUUAACAGCAUAACCAUCCUUAUACAAAAUCUAAUUUAGCUUUUUUUUAUUGUGAAAUAACUUUGAAUUUAAACUAUGUAAUAUAUAUAUUUCACUGAUAUUCUGAAGAAUAUCCGUGACUUACAUGCUUGGAUUAUGGACCAAUGUUGGUCUUACAUAUUGUACUUUUCGUGCUUUGAGCUAAAGGCUAAUGAUAGCAUGCUAACCUGCUUAAUCUUAGUUUAACUCACUUGUUUAU